UGUUAUUAAUUUACAGUUUUGCCACUCUUACUCCUCCAUUCACCAAAUCUCUUAUGCAUUGUUCCUUCUUUGCAAAUCCCAAACUUCACUCUGAGAAACCCAACAACCCCAUUUGCUAUUUCCUUUCAAAAAUCGUUUAUUUUCUCCAAUUUGUGCGUCGUGGCCUCCUCAGCCUCCGUCACGGAGAACGAAACAAAGCCAUUUUCCGUUCUCUUGGUGUGCCUAAGCAACAUCUGCAGAAGCCCCGUUACGGAAGGAGUCUUCACUGACUUAGUCAACAAAAAGAACCUCAAUUUGAUGUUCAAAGGUGAUUCUGCUGGCAACAUCAAUUACCACGAGGUGUUCAACUUGCUAGAAGAUGAUUGCGGAUCAUUACUGGAAACCAUUUUGGCAGAAAAGAAAAACAUGUAUAAGAAUCCUAAAAACAUGCAUAAUGGCAUCCAAGCAACCAAAAAGGAAACGGUUUAAAGAGAUGACGAAUGAAACUGGUCCAGGGAGAUCUUUCUCGCAAAAUCCGAGCGCUACUCGCGAUCCAUCCCCACUUGGCCGUGCGUCCUCCUUGCGGUAAGAGACUAGAGUACUCAAGGAGAUUGUCGCUCCCCUCGAAGCCGUUCAUCCACCUUCUCCCGAACACAUUACACCGGAGACAAUUGUCAUAGAAGACCCCCCACGGAAACUUCUUCCCGUUCGCUCCCCGGUCUUUGGAGCACGAACUCAGCUUUCUGUCUGAGCCACAGGAUAGAUUUUAAUCUGGCCGAGGACGAGAAGAGUAUAUUCGAAAACAUGUCGGAACAGCAGUUGGUCGACGCCUCUUUGGAAAUGGCUUGCCGCGCGGCUGUAGUGAACCGGCACCUAGCCUAUGCAUCCGACCGAGGGAAAUUGAGACUUCAACUGAAGGAGUCAGAAAAUAAAAUUGCAGCUCUAACACUGAAGUUAGGGGAGGAGACGGCUGCCCACUCCCUAAGUAAGCAAAAACAUGUGGAAACUUUGACGGACCUCAGUAGGUCGGGUGAGGAACUUAAAGAAAAAAAUGAGGAGCUCUCCAAAUCCAACCAGGAACAUGUUGCCACCAUCCGAUCUCUGAAGGAGGAUAACCACAAACUGACAGAUUACGGUAAGCAUCUCGAGACCGCCUUCCUUAACAUGAAAAAAGAAAAGGACGCUUUGAAUGCUCAAAUUCAGGCCCGAGAUCUUCAAAUAAAAGAGAUGGGGAAGGCCAUUGUCGAAGAGCACACCCUAGGAUUCGAGAAAGCAUUAAGGCAUAUUCCCCUUCUGCUGAAUGUGUCGACCGAGGGGGUCGGGUUUGACAUAAUGAAGGAUGUCUAUCAGGGGCUGGUGCCCAUGCCCAUAAAGAAUAUACCUGAUGAACUAGAAAUAGAUGAUCCUGCCGUCCCUACUAAGAACGUACCCGAAGGAGCUACCGCCCCCACCGAAAUCACGCCAGGAGAAACUGUUGACCUGGGAGAGAACUCUCAAGAAAAGGCUGGUGCCAUGGUGACUGGUGCCAUGGUGACUGGAGCACCCCCAAAGGAGGUGGAAGGUAGCAAGGAGGCUUCGCACCCAUCUGCUGAAGAGAAUGCUAAUCCCCCUGUUAAUGUAAUAGACUAGAUAUGUUGCUUUCUUCCUGGGAUGUUAAUCUGAAUUUUGUGGGCUCUGUUUGAACUGCUUUUGCUAUCACUCUUGAUACAUGUUUCAUUAUUUUCUUGUUCUUGCCUCAUGCUAUGCUGUUGGCCAGCCCUUAUCGUUUGAGUCCUUUGUUAUAAGUAACACCUUAUUACUUUGUUUUGCAAUGAGC